CUUUGCAAAACCCAAGCAACCCAAAAUCAAAGCCAAUGGCUUUAUCCAUGUGGGUCUCUUUAAAAUCUUCAUUUCUGCAAAACCCAGAUCCUCUUUUGCCCCAAAUCUCACGCCCAAGUUGUCACUCCCAAUCUCCACGAACCCCAGCGAUCCGCUGCGGUCUGCGUGAGCUCCGAGAGAGAAUUGAUUCCAUUAAGAGCACCCAGAAAAUCACAGAAGCCAUGAAGCUUGUAGCGGCUGCCAGGGUACGAAGAGCUCAAGACGCAGUCAUCAAUGGCCGGCCCUUCUCUGAGACCCUUGUGGAGGUUUUAUACGACAUCAAUGAGCAGCUUCAAGGUGAAGACGUUGAUAUCCCUUUGACUAAUGUUAGACCUGUCAAGAAAGUAGCCCUUGUGGUCAUUACCAGUGAUAGAGGUCUGUGUGGUGGUUUCAACAAUGCAUUGACUAAGAAAGCGCAGACCCGAAUUGUGGAGUUGAGGAAAUUUGGAUUGGAGGUGGUUCUGAUCAGCGUUGGGAAGAAGGGAAACUCGUAUUUUAUGCGUAGGCUGGAGAUUAAGGUGGAUAGGUUGAUGGAAGGAGGGGCGUUUCCGACUGCGAAAGAAACUUCAAUCAACUUAAAUCCCCUUCUCAAUCCGAUAGCUUCUUUUCCUUUGAUUAUCGUCAUUCCCUCCUUCUCUUCUUCCUGCUUCAUCUCCACCAUUUAUGGGUUCUUAGUUCUUACAGAGAAGGGAAGAAAAAAGGAAAGGGAAGAAGAAGAAGACGACACGAUAUGGUGCUUCAGUCCACCAAUGUGA